AUGCAGAAACAGAGGACGGACUCGCAAUGUUUUGCUCCGGGUUGCCGGAGCGGCUACCCGGGCUCCCCGAAGGCGUCUUUGUUCGCCGCUCCUAGGGACGAGGAUCUCCACAGAAAGUGGGAGCGUAACCUCCGGAGAGAUGACAAGCCUCUGACCGAGUCGUCAGCGGUGUGCGAGUACCAUUUCGAGCCAAGGUAUAUUAUGCGCGAAUAUGUGCACGUGAUUAACGGCGGUGAAGUGCGCAUUCCCGGAGGAAAACCGUCAUUGGCACCUGACGCCGUGCCAGGCUGUCCAGCGUACCUUUCCGUCGCAGCACCUAAGCAAUGGCCCGAGAGGAAAACAGCACAACCUGCUCAAGGCGGAAGCGAAAAGCAGCACAAGCCGGAUGCACCUGAUGAAGUCUACGACAGUGGUGAAAUGGAUAGUAUACAUGUUAGAAACCUGACUGUCGGCACUAGUGCAUGGCUCUAG